UUAUCGUGUUGUUUAGAGUUUAUAUUCUCUACUACGGUGUAUUAUUUACGACACUUUUUAAAAAUAAUGUUUUAAUAAUAAUAUCUAAGCUUACUUUCAAAAUAAAUGCACAAUGGAGUGUACACAGAGGAUUGAAUGUACACAAGAAUUAUGUGAAAAUACUCAAGAAAGAAUAUUUCCUGAACAGAUUGGAUUCUUGGGCAUAUGUGGAACAAAGUAUCCAAUAAAAAAAGGCCCAAAUAAAAUAGGGAGAGAUCCGGAAACUUGUGACAUUGUCUUAAACUUGAAUUCAGUUUCCAGACAACAUGCAGUUAUAAACAUUUUAAAUUCAAAGGAAUAUAUGAUAAUGGAUUUGGGUUCAGCAAACAAAACUAAAUUACUUGAAAAAACUCUACAGCCGUAUAUAGCACAUCCACUGAAAAAUGGUGAUACAGUACAAUUUGGACAAAUUUUCGGUGUGUUUAGGUUGCUCGAGGAUGAAACUGAUUUACCAAUGACUCAAGCUUUGGAUAUUCCAGACACACCAAUUAUUAAUAAACAUGCAUCAAAAUUAAUAAAUUUUCCAAAUACUAUAAUACCUGAAUCUCCAGAUGCCAGUGACAAAGAUGACUCCUUUGUUGCUCCAUCACAGUCUAAAAAUUAUGAAGUGUUUAAAAGUCCUUCCCAGAAAUACAUAAAAUCAUUUGGCAAAACGAUUGCCAUACAACCAAUAGGAAGUAAGCAAAUUGACAAUAUCUAUUGGAAUUCUUCAAAAAAAUCUAUUUCCAUUGACAUGAAUCUAGAUGAAUCAGAUACUGAUGUUCCAGCUCAUAUAAAAACAGCAGAAGUAGAGGAAAAUAUUCAUGAAAUGGAAACACAAAUUCCUUUUCCUUCUACUAUAAAUGAAGAUCCUGAUGAUUUAUAUUCUGCUGAGACACAAUUGUGCGACAAGAAUUCCUUGCCAUCCAAUAAAUUAAUAUUAAAAACAAACAGUAAUACAAGAACUGAUAUAGAAAUAGACAUGUAUGUUGAAAACAAAGAAAAUAAUAAUAGUAUAUACAACGCAGAUACACAACAGUUAAAUAUUGUCACUGAAAAGGAAACAAAGGGUAAACCAAAUAAUACAGAAAAUGUAUCAAAUGAUACAGAAGAAACAUCUAAGGCUAGAUUAAGUAUAUCAGAUGAAGAAAUUCUCUUUCAGGAAGUUGAUAUGGAACCAUUAGAGGAGGACUUUGCAUCUCAGCCAUUGUUAUUUGCAGAAACAGUAGAUGAUAAAGAAAAUCUUCCGAUUUUAAAUAGUGAAAAGUCAAUAGAAGGAAAUAUUGAUACGGAAAAUAAAUUUGUAGAAGAAGGUGAGAAUAAAUCUGAAGGAUCUACUGAUUGUGAUGAUGUUGAUAUGUUACUUACACAAAAAAUUCCCUACAUAAUUCAAAAUAAUCCAUCUACCUCUGGAGACACCAGUAAUAGGAAUACUUCUAAUAAAAAUCAGGACAUAGAUGAAGAUAGUACUGAUUGCGAAGAUGAUUUGUUUGACCAUAAUGACAAAGUUAAUGUUAGUAACCAAAAUACGGGAUCUUCCAAUUCAAAUACUUUGAAAAAGUCAGAAAUAAAUACACAAAAUGAAAAUAAAACCAGUGAAACAGAUAAUUUAAAAGUUCAAACAUCAGAAAAUUUGAAUUUCGAAGAUAUGCUCACUCAAGUUGUUGAAGUGGUGGAUAAUCAAAAUGAAGUUGAUAAAUUAAUAAAUCCCAAUGAAUCUAGUUUCGAAGAUUUACCUACCCAGGUGAUACCAGUUGCUACUACAGAAGAAAAAAGUCCAUUUAAAGUUCCAUUUCAGUCCGUUAAAAGUAUAAAAAGAAAAGAAAUGACUAAUAACUUUUUAAAUACAUCCAUUAGAAAUUCAAACAUUUGUGAUGACGAUGAAGAAAAGUUUUAUUCAGCGACCCAAGAUGUACUUAAUGAUUUAUGUACUCAGAGAGAAAUAAAUACAGAGAAUCUGUCAUCAAAAGGUGACAAGUUUGUUAAAGAUAAUCAAAAUGAAGAAAUGGAUGUCGACAAUGAACUAAGACUAACAAAACAAAAAAGUACAAGCAGUCUUAGUAGUUCUGACGUAGAAAGUACUCCUGAUAAAUCUCAAAAAAAUCUUACAUUCAUGAUAACAGAACCACCCAAUAGUCAAGAAAUCGUUAAAAGUAUAACAUUUAAUUCAAAACCACUCGUUAUGGAAUCGUUUAGUGACUCAGAAGAUAAUAUGUCUGAACAAUCUACACCUAUAUUGUUCCACAAACGCAAAAGAAUUAAAAACACUAAACUAGAUUUGACUAAGAAAUUUGAGUUAGAAAGUCUACCUUCGAGAACGAUUACUCGAAAAAGGAAACCAACAGCUAAAGUAGAAAAAAAUAGUACCGAAAUUAAAAAUACUUUUAAAAAUAUACUUGCGCCUAAAAUUUUUGGAGAACCGGACGAAAUUGUUGACAAAGAAAUUAUCGAAGCUAAUAUAUCCCGAAUAAAAAAUACAAAAAACAUGGAAGAAAAGAAAAAAUUAAAUCAAAACGAAAGUACAAAAUCAGCGCAAACAAAGCAAGAUCUAGUAAAAUCAGAAAAAGUAGAAACAAGUGCUCCACAAAUAAAUGAUAAAAGUCUUGUAAAUCCUAAAGAUCUGAAUUCAAAGAAAAGCAGAACUGAUACAAAACCUUCAAAUAAUGAAGGUAAAAAAACUAAAUCUAAAAAAAAGGAAAGUAUUAAUUUAGAUUCAACAAAACAAGAAGAAAUUCCAGAUACUUUAAAAACUGAUACAACCAGACAAGGAAGUGCUAGAAUAAAGCGAAAAGAAGACAAUAAAAGUAAACCUAAGAAGGAUAUUAUUAAAGUUUGCAUAAUAAAAGACAAAGGAAAACGUACUUACGAAGAAAAACAAGAUGAAUCACCUGAAAAAGAAGUAAGGAGAAGUAAACGACAAAAAAUAAAGAAAGAAAUAGAAACAGAAAUGAGUAAUACAAAGAAAGAAGAAAGGAAAAGGAAAACGAGAAGUAAUAAGAAAGUACAAAAUGAAGUAUUGUCUCACUAUGAAAGAGAAAAAAGUAUCAUAUAUAGAUUAUCAGAUGAAUCAAGAUCAAGUUCUCCCAGAAGUGUUAAGUCAUCUUUAAAAGAGGAUGUCACUACAAAUAUAAAUAAAUCUGAAGCCAGUUCAGAGAGGAGAUCAUUACGAAGAACUGCUUUGAAAAAUAUAAAUCACAAAGUGUUGUUCACAGCAUUUUCACAUCCAGACAUCAAGAUCUUGUAUAAUCUAUUGGAAAAACUAAAUGCAGUUAUAGUGACGGAUGUAAAUUCUUGCACUGUAGUUGUGACGGUGGAAUUAAAAAGGACUUUCAAAUUGUUGUGUGCGGUCGGGUUGGGCAAACCUAUUGUAGGCAAGACUUGGAUUCAAGCUUGUCGUGAUGCUAAUAUGAUUGUGGACCCUUGGCUGUACCUACUGAAAGACGAACCGAGAGAAACUCGAUUCGACUUCGAGUUAGCGCGUACGCUGACAGGCAAGAGGAACUUCCUCAAGGGCUACAACAUCACCUCCACGCCUAAUGUCGAGCCACAAGCUAAUGAAAUGAAAUUGAUAGUUGAAUGUUCCGGAGGGACUUGGAAAGAAGGAGGGUCGCAAUGGGUCUGUGUAUCUACAAUCGAAGACAAAGCUCUCUGGCCCUCACUGAAACGUAGAGGAGCUAUCAUUGUCAACCCCGAGUUCAUAUUAGGUGGUGUUUUACGUCAGAAAAUAGAUCUGAAGAAAAACAUAUUGUCUUAAAGAUUUCUUUACAAUUCCAAUGUAAUUUAGAGCCAAAAAAAAAACUAAGUCAGUUGUGACUUAAAAUCAUGCUUCCAAUUAACAUGAAUUCAACAGAGGUUUUGUGUUUUGUAAUUUAGAAUUCAACUGUCGUAUACAAUUGCUAGAUACAUUUUGUGUCUGGUUUUUCAUAGAGAAUUAAAAAAAGUGUAUGUGCAAAUCUCACAGAGUAGAAUUUCAAGGUUAGACAACCGCUUGUGCUUUAAAAUUAAGUUAAAACUACCUCAAAAAUAUAACAGUUAACUUGCAUACGCGAGAAACUUCUUUAAGCGAGAGUCUAUCCGGUCCCAACAAACUCUUUAAGCGAUACAUUCAGGUUUGAGAGAAAAAUUGCUGUCACUUGGACUCUCGCUUGUCCAGGUUUGACGACAAAUGAUAUAUACUUAAAUAUAGAUUUCCAAUACAAAAACUGAGCUUUAAUUUUGUAUGUAGAAUUUAUAUGGAGUUUUCCGAAGUUUCUUCAAGUUUAAAAAAAUAAUAAAUGUAAAGGACCUUAAAAGUACAAAAUAAGGUAUUUGUGUUGUCUAUUAUUUGUGUAAACUUUUCGCUGGUUCGAUUUAAUCUGGGU